GCACAGAAAAACUUGUUUCAGUUUACCAAUGGUGGGCUUCGACGACUUUGGGAGAAAUCUGUUGUUCGUUAUCAGCUCAAUAGUCUUCGCUGUAGGUUCGGUAGCGUUUGGUCUUGGAAUAUGGGCCCUUGUCGACAAAAACAAAAUUAAUUUCUUGACAAAGGAUGGCGCCGCAAGCUCAAACUUCAGUAUCAAUGGGCUGUUAGAAUCUGCGGCAAUUGUGUUACUUGUGGGUGGAGUGUGCGUUAUGGUACUCGGAUUCAUCGGAUGUUUCGGUGCAAUAAUGCAGAAUAAGUGUGUGUUGGUGUGUAUGUGCUCGUACGCCAUAUUCAUGCUGCUGAUAGUUAUUCUGGAAAUCGCAGCUAUUUCGAUUGCAGCUUCCUUCAGGGGAAAGAUAACCACAGAGAUGAAAUCGUUCCUUAUACAGAGAAUCAACAGCAAGUACCAGGGUAGGGUGGAUACAAACGAGCCAUUUUCACUUGGACUGGAUUUCGCCCAGGUCUAUUUCCAGUGCUGCGGUAUCGACAGCUACGCAGAUUUCAACAGAUCUUCUGAAUGGAAUAGGACGGGCGAACAAGGGAUCAUGAAAAUACCCCCAGCCUGCUGCAAACUGAAGGACAAGGACGCGUUCUUGAAACACCAGAAAUAUGAGCCGAUUAACUGGAACUGCCCGUACAACCCGACUGCAAUCAAUUCUAAUAUGUCUAAGCCUUGUUGGAAGUCUAUUGAGGACCACCUUAAAAGUCGCAUCGGAGUCAUUAUCGGCAUUGCUGCCUUCAUAUUGGUCUCGGAGAUACUCUGUGUCGUGGUUGCAGGCUGCAUCAUCAGGUCAAUGCCAAAAUAUUUUGGCUAAAUGAAAAAGUGACUGACAACGUGUGUGGCGUAAACAAUAUGAUUUUAAUAGAGUCUCAAUAAAGACUUCUAUUUAAAGCGAUAAACACCAUUUGUUUAUUAAGUCAUGUCUUCGUAUGACCGCUCAUUGCUAAGCAUGUUUUGUAAUAUCGAACAAUCGUUUUCCGUAAUACAGAAGAAAUAAUAUUAUUAAUGUGAGUAUGUAAUAUGCCACUUAGUAUUUAACGUUAAACAAAUGCAUUUUCUAUAUUUUGAUAAUCUUUUACAUUUUAAAGAUACAAUAUUAAAACAUAUGAUAAAACAACACUAUUCCUUAUUAUGAAAACUGUUACAAAAAUGUUCGAUCGUUGCAAAUUUUCUGUUAAACAUUAGUUAAAUAUAUUCGAUGAUGAAUUAGAAUAGUUACAUUGUG